UGGGCGCCGCUUCUUCCCCCAUCAAUUCUUCACUCCAGUCGUGAAUUACACUCCCAUUUCCGCCGGCGACGAAAUUCGCUGCCCCGGUUGUGUUUGCCGGUUGAGCAGCGGCGUCUCGGGUCCUAUUUCCUGGCUGGACAGCUUGCGCGACCCCCUGCCCCGCGUUGCUUCCGUUGCCUCCGACUGCUGCGGCGGCGUGCCCGCCACGGUUCCAGGGUGUUUGCGGUGGCGGCGGCUUGCCGUUCUUCUCUUCCCACCAAUCUGGAUAUCCAAUUAGUUCAAAGCAUGAAUCUUUUGUGUGUCUUUUCCGUUUGCAGUAGGAACACACUAAUUUUGACUUGUCUUCUUCAUCACUUCGCCUAUUUCUGCCAUUGCUGCCGCCGCGACCGCCACCGUUGCUUCCGCGACCGCCACCCCGCGAGCCGGUGGUGUGGUUCUGCCACCCUCGGACGGCGAGGCCGGUUCCAAUUCCAUCCGUGGCGACUGCUCCACCGAUGUUUGCCUGCUGUAAUACUCGGAGUCGCGUCUCCUCCUGUUGAAUCAGGUUGUACGCGUAGUCGACGGAGGGAAGUUGGUCCAUUUUCAGUAUUUCCCUCUUGAUUGUUUCAUAUUUGCUAUCAAUUGCAUAGAGAAACUGACAUACUCUCUGAUCUUGUAUGAAUUUUUCAUGAAUCUCCAUAUCCUCUGGAUAUUUCAUUGGGUUCGUCUGUUUUUGGUCGAUUGAAAUCCAUAUCUCUCCCAACCUGCUCCAUAUUUCUUCUAAUGAAUUGCUUUCUUGUCUCAGUGUGGUAGCUUUGAACUGAAGAUCAUACACCUGGAUUUUAUCUCCUCCGCUCCCAUAUGUGACUGCCAAAGCAUCCCAGAUGUGCUUCGCCGUCGGAUGUUGUGAAACUCGACUAACCAGUCGAGGCUCGAUAUUUUGUAUCAACCAAGUGACUACACAGUGAUCGGCUUGUUGCCACUGUAUGAAGGCUGGAUCGGUUCGCGGUGGGGGAGGAGGCACUCCGGUGACGUGAGAGACCAUUCCCCGACCGCUUAUCGCCGUUUUCACAACCACGGACCAAAGGGCAUAAUUUUCUCCAUUCAACUUGUUCCCACCGAUGUGGAGGGGCUGCGUGUCAAUUCUGUAUGGCACGGCAGCUGUUUCUGGUGGGUUUGGUUGGUUUGUGGCAAAACUAUUGCGCAUAAAAUUGGCAAACUGCCGGGCAAAUUCAUUUGCCAUAAAUGAAUCUGAGGUUUCGGUUAUUAUUCUAUUGUCAUCUGACAUUUUGGCUUAAGGUUACAGGUACAGCGAAAAAGAGAAGGAAAAAGAGGCCAAAAAACGGGAAAGGGCCGAGAAAGGUAUCAAGGACGAUGAUGAUACCUAUUCUGAGUCCAAACCCGCUCUGAUACCAUGUUAAAUGGUACAGGCAACAUAUUUAGAGAAGGAAGCAAUAGGAAAAUAUGAUUGUGUUGAAUUGGAUAGAUAAAUGGUACACAACAUCUAUGUAUUUAUAGGGAUGUUGGUGUCCCUUGAGAUCCUACAAUAAAUGCAUUUUUGGAACUACACUAUUAUUGGAACAAGGCAGGCAUGAUAAACGUUCCAAUCUUGGAACUCCAUUCUUCCUUAAUGCUUCUUGGAACUCUAUUUUCUUUAAUGCUUCUUCUUUUCUCAACACAAAAAGUAACAUUUGCUUCCAAGUUUAUACAUCUACAUACAAGUCGGCCAACCAUAUAAGUUUAAAGUUUGUUUAUUGAUUUUUUACAAAUAAGUGUAUAGAUCCACAUACAAGUUGACCUAUUGUUUAUUGAUUUCUUCCAAUUAAGUGUAUGGAUCUACAUACAAGUCGACCAACCAUAUAAGUUUAUAGAUCUACAUACCUAAUGCCUUUGUGUGCUAUUUAUAUACUAGUAUAGCUGUCCUCUCGGUCAACCUCUCUCUCUCUCUCUCCCUCCCUCCCUCCCUCUCUCUGUCUCUCUCUAUCAGUUUCGAAUAUAGCAAGUGAGUGCAGAUCUGCAGAGAGUAGAAGAACGGAAUGAGGGGUAUUCUCAGAGUUGCAGGUCUAGUUUGGGCGGAGACAGUGAUGGAAGGAGUGUUCUUUAUUAUGCAAACUUACUUCACAAGUGUUUGGAAAAUGAGCUUCACAAACGCAGCUACAAUUCUGAAUAUAUGGGGUGGACUCUACCGGAUUCUGCCAUUUUGGUUUCUCUUCAUUGCUGAAACUCUUCUUGGAAAUUUCUUCACCCUUGCAUUUUCCACCAUAUAUAUAGCUACACUGAGAAUAAUACUCUACCAUAACAAGCAAUAGAAGAGUGACAACACAACACAUUUAACUGCCUUGGACCACAAGAGCGAGCUGGCCACCUUCUCCUGCUGCCAACGUUUUAGGUGGUCCCAAGAGCACAUCUUUCCAGCUCUUCAUGUUGUGAGUAGAUGCCACGUCCUUGACUGAAGAAUCUUCAUUUUCACAUUUAGCAUCAGCAUUAGGAUUGAGAGCUAGCUUCACUUUAGUUUCAGCUUGCUUGAGAGUGCAUAGGCUAACACUUACCAACUACUUCCUCCUCAUUGGAGUUCAUUUUGUCAUUUUGGUAUAUUCUAUAGUAGUGCAGUCAUUUCUCUUUUUUAGUAAAAGUCAACAUAUUUUUAUUCCUUUACUUAACUCACUUAACACAAUUUUUCUUAAAUUGCGUACCAAAAAUAAAUGCCUCUACCGCCGAGUGGAGGGAGUAGUUUUUAGUUUUUUAUUGGCUGAUUAAAAACUUAGUUUUACAACUACUUAAUCCGUUCCUUGUUAAUAAAGACAUUUCUUUUUCGGCAUAGAAUUUAAGAAUAGUAUGUUAAGUGGAUGGUGAAUAAAGUAAGAGAGAUAAAGAGAAAAUAAAGUAUGUGCAAAGAUUAAUUUUUGCCAAAAAUAGAAAUGACUCAAUUAUGUUAGAACUUCACAAAAUGAAAAAUGACUCAAUUAAUAUAGGUCAGGUUAGUCAGAGUUGGGCUCGGGCUUCAAACGAGUUUGGGCUCUGGCUAAUAUGGGUUUGAUAGAAAAUCUGAUUGCAGUCAAUUUUAACAGAGUUUCAGCCCAAGCCCAAGCCCGACUCUUCAUUAUGUUGGGUCAACUUAAACCAGGCCGAACCGGCCUAUUUGAAGUAUAUCAAGAGUUGUGUUAUUGGGUGCAGGGUUUGGUCCUAAUCACAGUAGCCACUACGCCAGUGUUUGGGCAAACAGUAUCAAGUGGCAGAUGCGAAGAUAAGGAAGGAUGUGUCGGAUACACAGAAAAGAUCCUAUUCAUAACGGGUAUGGCGUUGAUAGGUCUUGGGAGGGCUGCUCGUGUUGCCACCGCUGAACCAUUCAUUGACGAUCAGACCGACCAACAUCCUCCUAACAAUAUCGAUCACACCACUAACCAUAAUGAAGAUCUGUCUAACAAUAUCGAUCACACAACUAACCAUGGUGAAGAUCUGUCUAACAAUAUCGAUCACACAACUAAUCAUGGUGAAGAUCCCACCACUAACAAUGGUCAUGAAGAUCCUCCUAACAAUAUCGAUCACACCACUAACCAUGGUGAAGUAGAUAAAACAGACAACCGACCACAACUAAAUUGGUGGCGAAUAACAUUUGUACUUCUGUUUUUUUGUACGCCAGGAGUUGUGAUUUUUGCAUUUCCAUACAUAAAAAAGUGGUAUGUUCUCUUUGGUCUUUCUGCAAGUUGCACGGUUUUAGCAACCUUAUUUUUCUUGAUCGGUGCCUGUAUGUACAAGAAACCCAAACUACAAGCACAGAGAAGCCCUGUAACCGAUUUUGCCAGAGUGUUUGUCGCCGCUGCUUUCAAGAUCACCCAACCCUUCCCCAAAGAUGAUGAUACCCGGAUUCACCGCAUAGUUGGGGAAGAAAUUCAAUCACUAUCCCCUACUCGUAUUCUCGGAUUUCUGCAUAAGGCGGCCAUAGUAAUGCCCGGUGAAAUACCUAGAAGCGGAUCUUGGAAGCUUUGCUCUGUAUCAGAAGUUGAAUCCGCCAAAGCUCUACUCCGUCUCGUUCCAAUCAUGAGUUGCUUCAUCGUGUGCGGCGUCGUACACUCAACCGCAAACACUUACUUCUUAGAACAAGCGAGCCAUAUGAAGUUCAAUAUUGGAAAGUGGAAGCCUCCUCUUCAGCUGUUGCUGCUAAUUAGUGCCAUGUUCAAGUUUGAGAUGGUUUUAUCAGUAAAAGAGAGACCGUCUGUGACAAAUGGUUAUAUUUUUAGCGGUUAUUCUAUUUUUUGCUGUGCGGUUGCUGCCGGCAUAGAGAACCGUAGGAUUAAAGUUCUUACAAAGCAUAACCUACUGGACCUCCCCGAUGAUGGCAAGGUCCCCAUGAGCGCCUGGUGGCUAGUUUUCCAGUUCGCAUUAGCCGGCAUGAUGGAACCAUUUUCUGAAUACGGCUUUUCUGCCGCCUUGGAGGAUUUGGCUCCUAAGUCGAUGAAGAGGUACCAUGAUUGUUUAGUGGAGGGAGUUACUGGUUUUGGAUUCCUGUGCACUGCGCUUUCGGUUUACGUUGUUGGAAAAGUAAGCGAGGCAGGGGGUGGCAAGAACUGGUUUCAGUUCACGUUAAACCGGAGUCGUCUGGAUCGCUAUUAUUGGGUCUUGACAGCUUUGUGUGGUCUCAAUGCAAUAGCAUACCUCAUCGUCGUACGCUGCAUUUAUGGGAGCAGUGGUUUUGAUACUAUUGUAUCAACAGUAAUGCCAAGAGGCUCUAGUGAUCAUGAUCAUGAUGGUGGAAUAUGGAAGAUAAAGAAAGGCACGGUAGAUCUUGUAUUGCGUCACUACAAAUUAUCACCACAUAUUGAUUUGGAUCCUGAAAAUAAUGCACUUGUCAUUAUUUGAUACUCCAUAUAUACAUAGAGAAAUGGUAUUAUUUGUGUACUACUAUAAUUCUCCUCCAA